AUGCGAGGUUCGGAGAGAUGGUCAACUAAUAAUGGUCAAGACAAUGAAACUGGUAGAUGGUUUCCUCGUCUUCGUGAGAUCUCUAUAGCAUACUGUGGGAGACUAGAAGAAGUAUCAAUUGGAUUGAUACCAUCACUUCGGGUUUUAAAGAUAGAAGAAUGUUCCGAAGAGGUGCUAAGAAGCAUGGUUAGUGUGUCUUCAUCACUUGUUGCAUUGAGCCUUUCGAAUGUUGAAGGACUUACUCAACUACAUAGAGAAAUUUUAAUGCAGCUUCGGUCAGUUGAAAAUCUCAACAUUGAAUAUUGUCAUGGACUUAGACACUUGUGGCCGGAGCAAGAAUGGAAGACAUGCAAGAUUUUUCCAAGUUUACAAACGUUGGAGGUAAGUCAUUGUACAGAGUUGGUGUCAUUAGGAGAUAAAGAGAUAAUUAAUAUGGGGAGUAUGAGUAUCAUGGAAUCAAUUAAAGAAGUGAUGAUUGUUCCAAAUUUUGUAAUGGAGAGUUACACUUGUCCACGUAGUGUUGAGAGGUUACGACUCUUUCAAUGUAGUUCAAUGACAUCCUUCACCUUCUCAACAUGGCAGGAGCACCCCCACCCCACUCCAGAGAAAGGUUUUGGCUUUCUUCAAUUUUUUUGUCUAAGAUAUCUUCAGAUUGGUGAUUGCAAGAAUCUAAAGUCGUUUCCUCAUGAGCAUUUGCAAAGUCUCACAUCUUUGGAAGAACUGUUUAUGCGAGAUUGUCCAAGUUUGGAUUACUCAUUUCCUUGUGGGUUGUGGCCUCCUAAUUUAAGUAUCCUAUCUAUAGGUCGCCUAAAUAAACCCAUGUCAGAGUGGGGCCAUCAGAAUUUUCCAACAUCAUUGGUUAAACUAAGCUUAUAUGGCCAAAAUUCAGGAGUGGUUUCACUUGCAGUGGCAAAAUAUAUGAGGAAUACCACUGAUUCAUCAUCUUUUCUUCUUCCACCAUCUCUAGUUUCUCUAGAACUUGAAGGUUUUAUGGAUGUAGAAUCACUUUCAGAGGUCUUACAACAGCUACCAUGUCUUAAACAUCUUGAUAUUUCAUCAUGCUCAAAGCUUAAAGAUCUGCCUGAGACAACUUCUACCCUAUAA